AUGCUCCACCCCCCGCCGCCGCGCCUGCUCGCGUCGCUCGGCCCCUUCCCCCCGCGGCGCUCGACCCCCCGCCGCCGCGCUUGCUCGCCGCCGCUCAGCCCCUUCACCCCGUGGCGCUCGACCCCCCGCCGUCGCGCCUGCUCGGCCCCUUCCCCCCGUGGCGCCCACGACAGCCGUCUUACUCACGCUCACCGCGGCGGCGCCUACCGGAGUCGUGAUGGGCUAGCACAGGAAGAGAAGAGCAUGGCGCCGGCACUAGCGAAGGCGGCCGCGAAGGUGGUGACGAAGCCGAUGGAGGUGGUGGUGUUCAACUUCGGCGACUCCAACUCGGGCACUGGUGGGGUGGCGGCGAUAAGGGGGUUGUGCAUCGCGCCGCCGGAGGGGCGCGUGCCUUCUUCCACCACCCCACCGGGCAGCACUCUGACGGCCACGUCGUCCUCGACUUCAUAUGUGAGUGCCUCCCCGUUCCCCUCCCCUCUCCUUCCGCCACCAAUUAGGCAAUUAAGAAGAAAUUAG